AUGAGAACUCUGCUCCAGGCUCCGGCCGCCGGCGCCGCCGUUGGAAGCGUACCAAACACGCUGGCAACCCCAGUCAGCGGCCUUCCUCCCUCCUUAUCGUCGCCGCUGACACCGACCGCCUCCACGCCGCCGCCUACUGACACGUCGUCAACUUCUUCCACCCCUCCACCGUCGCCGUCCUCUGAUCCGCCGCCACCUUCUCCGUCUUCUCCAACUCCGCCGCCGCCUUCUCCUUCGGAACCGCCCCCCUCACCGCCAGUUGCCGCGCCACCUCCGCCAGCACCCGUUGCCUCCCCUCCGCCGCCGGAGGCAUCGCCUCCGCCUCCACCGGCCGCAUUGCCGCCCCCGCCUCCGGCGCCAGUGCCGGCGACCUCCCCGCCACCUCCGCCCGCCGUCGCACCGCCCCCACCGGACAAUGCUGCGCCCCCGCCUUCCCCCACGCAGGCGCCGCCACCGCCCUCCGCUCCCCCUCCGCGGCGGUCCCACGCCACGCCGCCUUCUUCAAGUUCAAGCCCGUCUCCUCUCCCACCCGCCGCGCAGCCAACCGCGUCUCCCGUGGCCGCGACGCCGCCGCCGCCGAAAACGCCGGCGGCGCACCCCACCGUGGAUUACGCCCCUCCCCCGCCGACCCGGACGAGCUCAACGGCCGCCACGCACUCGCCUGCGGCAGUUGAUAGCGGCGCCACGCCACCGCCGUCCAGCAGCAGCGGGCUGAACUCCGGCGCCACGGCCGCGGUGGCGGUCGUGGUGGUGCUCGUCGUCCUCGGGUUCGCCGGCAUGUUCGUCUGCCUGUCCAAGCGGCGGAAGCGGAAGCAGGCGGCCCGUUACUACGCCGGCUUCGCCGCGCCAUCCUACACGCCGCAGCACCUGUCCGGCGAGGCGCCGUUCCUGCGGCCGCCGUCGGCGCCGGGGUCGAUGAACUUCAGCAUGGGCGCGGGGGGAGGCCCGGGCAUGUCGGCGCCGGCGAACCAGGGGUACGGGCAGCAGCCGUGGGCCUCGUCGGCCAACUACAGCGCGACGAUGGGGAGCCAGGGCCCGGCGCGGAGCGUGGCGACGGCGUCCGGCGACCUGAGCGUGGGCAACACAAAGGCGUUCUCGUUCGACGAGCUGUACGACAUCACCUGCGGGUUCGCGCGCGAGAACGUACUCGGCGAGGGCGGGUUCGGGUGCGUGUUCAAGGGCACGCUCGGCGACGGCAAGGUGGUGGCCGUGAAGCAGCUCAAGGGCGGCGGCGGGCAGGGCGAGCGCGAGUUCCAGGCGGAGGUGGAGAUCAUCAGCCGAGUGCACCACCGCCACCUCGUCUCCCUCGUCGGCUACUGCAUCGCCGAGGACCACCGCCUCCUCGUCUACGACUACGUCUCCAACAACACGCUGCACCACCACCUCCAUGGGAGGGGGAGGCCGGUGAUGGACUGGCCGACCAGGGUCAGGAUCGCCGCCGGCUCGGCGCGCGGCUUGGCCUACCUGCACGAGGAUUGCCAUCCAAGGAUCAUCCACAGGGACAUCAAAUCCUCCAACAUCCUGCUCGAUGACCAGUUCGAGUCUCAGGUUGCCGACUUCGGGCUCGCAAGGCUAGCAGAGAACGAUGUCACGCACAUCUCCACGCGUGUGAUGGGCACAUUCGGGUACUUGGCGCCAGAGUACGCGUCGACGGGGAAGCUGACCGAGAAAUCAGACGUGUUCUCCUUCGGCGUCGUGCUCCUGGAGCUCAUCACGGGCCGGAAGCCUGUCGACUCGUCGCGUUCCCUAGGCGACGAGAGCCUCGUCGAGUGGUCGAGGCCGCUACUGAACCGCGCCAUCGAGAACCAGGAGUUCGACGAGAUCGUCGACCCCCGCCUCGACGGCAACUUCGACGACGUCGAGAUGUUCCGGGUGAUCGAGGCGGCCGCGGCGUGCAUCCGGCACUCGGCUGCCAGGAGGCCCAAGAUGGGGCAGGUGGUCAGGGUCCUCGACAGCCUGACGGACGUGGACCUCAGCAACGGCGUGCAGCCGGGGAAGAGCCAGAUGUUCAACGUCGCCAACACCGCGGACAUCAGGCAGUUCCAGAGGAUGGCGUUCGGCAGCCAGGACUUCAGCUCGGACUACAGCCAGACCAGGUCGAGCAUAGGCAGCAGGAGGGACUUCUAGUCAUGCAUGAAACCUGUAGAGCUCCACACCACCUGCGCUUCUUCUAGUUCCCGGCGAUUUUUUCCUGUCACUAUGUAUUCCAUUCUUUGUUGUUAUUAUUAUUUUUUUACAGUGAUCACUACCAUACUGUUCUUGAUUUUUGUAUUCUGGUCGAUGUGUAAAUUGAGAUAAAUAGAAAAAUAUGCACAUGAGAAUGUAUUCAUUGGCAGUCAAAAGUG